GGAGCGAAGCCGAAGGUAGCGCUGCCGGUGCCGGGCGAUGAUGCCCUUUGGCGGGAUGGCUGCUCGACUGGCUCAGGACCGCCUGAGGGCUGAGGGGCUUGGCCAACACGACAACGCCAUCAAGUACCUCAACCAGGACUAUGAGGCCCUCAAACAGGAGUGCAUUGAGAGUGGCACCCUCUUUAGGGACCCCCAGUUCCCAGCGGGCCCCUCUGCCCUUGGGUUCAAGGAGCUGGGGCCGCACUCCAGCAAGACACGAGGCGUGGAGUGGAAGCGUCCGUCGGAAUUAGUGGAUGACCCUCAGUUCAUCGUUGGUGGUGCCACCCGGACGGAUAUCUGCCAGGGGGCUCUGGGUGACUGCUGGCUGCUGGCUGCCAUCGGCUCCCUCACACUCAACGAGGAGCUCCUGCACCGCGUGGUGCCCCAUGGGCAGAGCUUCCAGGAGGACUAUGCUGGCAUCUUCCACUUCCAGAUCUGGCAGUUUGGUGAGUGGGUGGACGUGGUGGUGGACGACCAGCUGCCCACCAAGGACGGGGAGCUGUUGUUCGUGCACUCAGCAGAGUGCACCGAGUUCUGGAGUGCUCUACUGGAGAAGGCCUACGCCAAGUUGAACGGCUGCUAUGAGGCGCUCUCGGGGGGCAGCACCACCGAGGGCUUUGAGGACUUCACCGGUGGCGUGGCAGAGAUGUACGACCUCAAGCGUCCGCCGCGCAACAUGGGCCACAUCAUCCGCAAGGCGCUGGAGAGGGGGUCCCUGCUGGGCUGCUCCAUCGACAUCACAAGUGCCUUUGAUAUGGAAGCAGUGACCUUCAAGAAGCUGGUGAAGGGCCACGCCUAUUCUGUCACAGCCUUCAGAGAUGUGAACUACCGGGGUCAACAGGAACAGCUCAUCCGCAUCAGGAACCCCUGGGGUCAGGUGGAGUGGACUGGAGCCUGGAGCGAUGGCUCCUCUGAGUGGGACAACAUUGACCCUGGCGACAGGGAAGAGCUACAGCUGAAGAUGGAGGAUGGAGAGUUCUGGAUGUCUUUUCGGGACUUCAUGAGGGAGUUCUCCAGGCUGGAGAUCUGCAACCUGACCCCUGAUGCCCUCACCAAGGACGAGCUCAGCAGAUGGCACACGCAGUUGUUUGAGGGCACGUGGCGCCGCGGGAGCACUGCCGGGGGCUGCAGGAAUCACCCAGCCACAUUCUGGAUCAACCCCCAGUUUAAGAUCAAGCUGCUGGAAGAGGAUGACGACCCCGGGGACGAUGAGGUGGCCUGCAGCUUCUUGGUGGCUCUGAUGCAGAAGCACCGGCGGCGGGCGCGGCGAGUGGGGGGUGACAUGCACACCAUCGGCUUUGCUGUCUAUGAGGUUCCUGAGGAGGCGCAGGGCAGCCAGAAUGUGCACUUGAAGAAGGACUUCUUCCUGCGAAACCAGUCGCGGGCACGGUCCGAGACCUUCAUCAACCUGCGGGAGGUGAGCAACCAGAUCCGGCUGCCCCCCGGCGAGUACAUCGUUGUGCCCUCCACCUUUGAGCCACACAAGGAGGCCGACUUCAUCCUGCGGGUUUUCACCGAGAAGCAGUCGGACACGGCGGAGCUGGACGAGGAGAUCUCAGCAGAUCUGGCAGAUGAGGAGGAAAUAACUGAGGAUGACAUAGAGGACGGCUUCAAGAACAUGUUCCAGCAGCUGGCAGGGGAGGACAUGGAAAUCAGUGUCUUCGAGCUCCGGACUAUUCUGAACAGAGUCAUCGCUAGACACAAAGAUCUGAAGACAGAUGGGUUCAGCCUGGACUCCUGCCGGAACAUGGUCAAUCUGAUGGAUAAAGAUGGCAGUGCCCGCCUCGGGCUGGUGGAGUUCCAGAUCCUGUGGAACAAGAUCCGGAGCUGGCUGACAAUCUUCCGCCAGCAUGACCUGGAUAAGUCAGGCACCAUGAGCUCCUACGAGAUGCGCAUGGCUCUAGAGUCAGCCG